CUGCGCAUGUGCAUCCCCGCCUUCUCCUCCAGGCUUGUCCUUCCCCGGCCUCCAAGCCCCUCGUGGGAAACAAUUCCUGGCUUCCAGGUCCACGCGGCAAGGGAGCUGCGGUAUCCUGAAGCCAUCGAAGGCUGUGUGGCGGUGGAAGGUCUGGGACAAAUUUAAGAAGAGAGAGAACCUAUAUUGGUAAUAAAUCAAUAAGAAACAAAUGUUUACAUUCACUCAGUGAAAAGUAUCAUGUCUAAGCUCAACAUAAAUCGGAGCCACACAUGGACAUCGCUCCUUCCUCCACUAAGAGUGAAAAAUGAACAAAUCCCAGGAACAAGUGUCAUUCAGAGAUGUGUGUGUGGACUUCACCCAGGAAGAGUGGUACCUACUGGAUCCUACUCAGAAGAUAUUAUACAGAGAUGUGAUCCUGGAAAAUUACAGCCACCUUGUCUCAGUAGGGAAUUGCAUUACUAAGCCAGAAGUGAUCUUCAAGAUUGAGCAAGGAGAAGAGCCCUGGAUACCAGAGGAAAGAUUCCCAAAACAGUACCUCUCAGAAGACUGGAAAGUUGAUGACCUGAUAGAGAGCAGCCAGGAAAAUCAAGAUGAACAUUUUUGGCAACUUGCUUUCACCACCAACAAAAAGUUAAGUACAAAUAGUGGUGAUAGAGUAAGAAAAACUUUCAGUCUAGGUACAGACUCCGUUCCUUCCAGAAAUUUUCUGUGUAAGAUAUGUGACUCAUGUGAAAUGAGUUUGAAGAACAUUUCAGGCUUAAUUAUUAACAGAAAGAACUAUUCUGGAAAGAAGUCGGAUGAGUUUAAUGUAUAUGAGAAGUUACUCCUUGACAUUAGGCAUGAGAAAACUGCUGGAGGGAGAUCUUAUAAAUAUAAUCAAAAAAGGAAUGUCCUCCAUCAUAGCCCAGAUCUCACUCAGCCUAUUUUUAACCAGCCUUUUGAGUAUAAUGAAAAUGGACAAGGCUUCCAUGGGGAGGCAGCCUUUUUCACAAACAAGAAAGCUCAGAGAGGAGAGACACUCUGUAAAUAUAAUGAAUGUGGAAGAACCUUCAUCCAAAGUUUGAAGCUCAAUUUAUCUCAGAGAACUCAUUUGGAAAUGGAGCCAUAUGAAUGCAGUAUUUGUGGGAAGUCCUUCUUUGUGGAUUUAAGAUUGGGACAUCAGAGAGCUCUUACAGGGGACAAUCCUUAUGAAUUUGAUGAAUAUGGGCAAAUUUUCUGUGACAAUUCAACUUUCAUUAUCCCUCAGGGAACUUACCCAAGAAAAAUCCCCCAUGAAUAUAAAGUAAAUCACAAAACAUGGGAAAAGUCAGCCCUCUUUAAACAUCAGAUAGUACACAUGGGGGAGAAACCUUAUCAGCACAAUGAAAAUGGAAAUACUUCCAACAAGAAGUCACACUUCACCCAGCUUCGAAGAGCUCACUCAGGAGAAAAAACCUUCGAAUGUGGUGAAUGUGGGAAGACAUUCUGGGAGAAGUCAAACCUCACUCAACAUCAGCGAACACACACAGGAGAGAAACCCUAUGAAUGUACUGAAUGUGGGAAAUCCUUUUGUCAGAAACCACAUCUUACCAACCAUCAGCGAACGCACACAGGAGAGAAACCCUAUGAAUGUAAGCAGUGUGGGAAAACAUUCUGUGUGAAGUCAAACCUCACUGAACAUCAGAGAACCCACACAGGGGAGAAACCCUAUGAAUGUAACGCAUGUGGAAAAUCCUUCUGCCACAGGUCAGCCCUAACUGUACAUCAGAGAACACACACAGGAGAGAAACCCUUUAUAUGUAAUGAAUGUGGGAAAUCCUUCUGUGUGAAGUCAAACCUCAUUGUGCAUCAAAGAACUCACACAGGGGAGAAACCUUAUAAAUGUAAUGAGUGUGGGAAAACCUUCUGUGAGAAAUCAGCUCUCACUAAACAUCAGAGGACUCACACAGGGGAGAAACCCUAUGAGUGUAGUGGAUGUGGGAAAACCUUCAGUCAGAGGUCAGUGCUCACUAAACAUCAGAGGAUUCACACCAGGGUGAAAGCACUCUCAGCGUCCUGAACGUCCAGAAGCCUUCAUCCACGCGUUCAGAUUCGUUAUACAGUUUUUUAAAGUGAGAUUACUGAAACCCAAAGAAGGCCACAGAUUAUUAGAAAGUCACGUUUUUUUGUACUUCACACAGUUACUACUAGAAUAAAGCCUUAUUAAUGUUUUGAAUAUGUGAAAGCUUCCAAGAAAAGUUACAACUUUUCACCAGAAAAUUUGUAUUGAGGGGAAAUCCAUUGAAGUCAUGUGAUAAAAAUCUUCAUGUAGAAUUGAUGUUGUGUAGGAUUGUAUUCCGGAUGUGAUACCAAAAUUUUAUUGUAACUGUAAUGGAUGCUAUUCCUUUAUACUUAUGUUCACAGUGGAAUCUGGAGUUCAAAAAAGUUACAUGACAACAGGAUUAAACAUUUAUGUGAAGAGUCCCUGAUGUUUGCAGGCCUUAUGUGAGUGUGCUAAUGUAACAGAAAUUUGAGGUGUCCCUGAUUUGUAUAUUAGAGCCCAACGUGCUUGUGAAAAGAAAAUCUGAACCCUUAGUUAAGUAACUAUUCUGGCCUAUAUUAAUAUUUCCCACGUUAUUUACUACCAGUGUCUUUAUAGGUGGAUAUAACUAUAUGUUGGUUUAUAUGUAUUUGUAAAUAUAUUUAUACACACGUACCAACACACAGGAAUCUGCUGCAGUAGGCUCAUACUGGCUUGUAAGUACUGCUGAUUAUUAAAUUUUCAGGAAUUUUGCAAGCCCAUUGCUAAACAUAGUCAUUGUUUGAAAAUUAAACUGUAUAAACUUACAGUUAAAUUAUAUUAAGAACAAAGGUAAUACGUAGUCAGCCCUUCCUAAUUCUUUUACAGUAUUUUGUUAUUAUCUUUGUUCUUUGGGUUAUUUGUGUUGUUGAAUCUGCAUGGUGAAACUACCGUAUGACGACGUGUCACUACACCUCUCUUCCCAGCUCUACGUUCAGUGCCAUCGUGUUGGUAGCUUGGCUUUAGUGAGAGUAUUUGCACUGUGGAAAUUGGCAGACUUUACAAAUCAGGAUCUCUGUUUUCUCAGAGAACCUGUUUUCAGGUAUUUACAGCAGUACACCACUGUAUACAUGAAAAUACAUUUGGAAAAUUUUAAGUACAAGCCACAUACCCCUUCUCCUGUUUCAUGACAUAAAUAAAUGGCUAGGGCCAUCGCUGCUGAGUGGCCUCUUCAAUAAAGAAGCCAAAAUAUGUUUUUGUGAGGUUUUUAACUACCUCUGCAUCAGUCCUAUUCUAAAUACGACCAGCGUCCCUCUGUAGUGUGGCCAGUAUAUUCUGUUUUACAACCAUAUCACUCCCCUUUCCUCUGACUUUGCUGGCAUACAAGAAUGAGUAUGACCAUUGGUACUGAGCUUCCACUUCCAUAAAACCAAAUAACAUUUUUCUGAGGUUAUUCAGCUGUCUCGGUUCAGUCGAUAAUGUAAGUGCUGUUAAUCACAACCAUAUUUACAUAGAUUUCGCAAAGAUUAACGUCAGUUACGGACAGUAACACUCCCUGCAUUCUACAAAUAAAAUGUAGUGGUAUGUAAUGAAGUGCUCCUGUCAUACGCUUGGUGUUUCAUUGCUGUAACUAUUUAGGCAUGAUGUGUAUAACCCAAGAACUGUAUUUGUAUUUAAUUUAAUGGAGUGUAAUAUACUGUCUCCCCCUCCAUUGUCCUGUGGUUUCCUUUGCUUCCUUGGAACACCUUGAUAAGCAGUUUCAAGAGACAUUGCCCACCCUACAGCCAUUCCCUACUUCGUACUUGCUGGGCUCUGUGUUCUCUGUGUCUGGCCUUCCCCCAGAUGAUUUAGGGUUAAACCCAGGUUAGUCCAAGUCAUUCAUGAAGACUCUAUUCUAAUGAUUUUGUUGGGGUCGAUGUGUGAGCAGUGAGGUGUUUGGAAACUAUUCUGUUGUACUUGUGGGAAAGAUCUCAGUGAUAAAAUUCUGUGGUGACAUGAGAAGAGAUUGUCUCUCUCCUGGACUUCUUCAUGUCCAUAUGUCACACUAGGUUAUAGCUUGUGGCUCUAAAGGGCAAUAGUCUGAAGAUGACAGUCCACAAGAUGGGAAAAGCCUGGCUCAGAGGUGACAUCACUGAGCUGCACAGCUCUAUCCAGACCUGCUCUCCACUAGGACUUUGUGUCACUGUGGCAAUAAUGGCUUCUUAUUUAUUCUUAGGGCUGUCUUUUAUUCAGAGCUGAAGGCAUUUCCCCGAUACAGAUGAAUUCUUUUCUAAGUGUUAAUGUUCUAUGCAGCACUUUUAGGGAAGAAUUUUUCCUUACGACAAUAUAGGGAUGGCUGUUUAUAUCAGCCAUGGUUCUGGUGAAAAACAGAAUUCUACUCUAACUAAGAAGAUUUUAAUGGCAGGCUUAUUACAGUGGUUUGGGCCAGAAACAAGGAAUAAUGAAGCACCCAGAGACUAGCAUCACCAGGAAGACAUUACCAUUCUCAGUCCUUAAGGGGCAGAGGGUGGAAGCAAGUGUCACAGAGCCUGACAGGAGCUGCUCUCAUGGAGGAAGGACCACCUCGUAGGAGAUGUUGUCACUAGUGAAACUGUGGCACCAAAUUGCUGGAACCCAACCAGAUGCCGCGUGCAGGUGAGCCCAAGUGGGCACUGAGAAGGUAGAGGGGAAGGUCUGGGUGGAGCCAUUGGAAAAUAAGCAGCACUGUGUUUUUUAUCCCUGUAAAUUCCUGUGUGAAGGGUCAGUCUUAGAAAUAAAGUUCUUCUACUAGUUGAAAGUUAAAUGUUUCCGCUUCAUUGUGCUUUUGUGUUGUCACAAUAAAUCCCUUUUGGAACCAA